GUUGUCUUUUGGAUUCCGAGAAGGAAACAUCGAAGAAAGUCUCUUUCCAAACGUUUGUCUUUUGGAUUCCGACGAGGAAACAUCGAAGAAAGUCUCUUUCCAAACGUUAUUUCAUUACAGUCGCGUGCAACGAACAACGAAGUAAUUUUAUCGCUAAGAUAAAAAUGAAAAAUUCGCGAAAUAGAAGCAGUGUUUGUUCGUUCGCGGUUCGCGAUUUAAACAAUAAGUGAAUUUGCAAGUGAAUCGACUGUGUGCAAUGUAGUCGUUAGAGUCAGUGUUUGUUCGUAAAGUUUUUUGAUUUUUUAACAGUCAGCACAGAUUGUCCUUAUAAAAGAUAAUAGAGUUUCGUGAAUUAACUUCAGUGACCGCCCGUUAAAAAAUAAUUAUCAUUUAUUGAUAUUAGAGUCAGUGCGUCAUUGAAGAGAAUCUCAAUCAACAUCGAUGUCGACUUAUCUCAAUUACAAUCAACUACGAAUCAUUCAUCCUCAAUUUCGAUUUAAAUCGUGAACGUGUGUUUUGGAGCCAUCGCAGAACUUCAUAAGUACCAAAACUUAUACACGGUGGGAAUUACAUAAAGGAAGGUAAAGAUUCGGCUAAGAGUACAUGCUUAAUAUUUUCGCCUAAGGAGGACGAUAAGGUCGGAGCAUUAGGAAAAUAUCUUCAACUAUUCGCCAAAUACGAAAUAAAUCUUCUACAUAUAGAAUCUAGAAGUUCACGUCGUGUCAAUGGCUACGAAUUUAUGGUAGAAUGCGCGCCAAGUUUAAAUCUUGGUUCUGUCAUCGAAGAUCUCCGGGUACAGUGCAAAUACUUUUCCGUUAUUUCUAGAAAUCACAAAGACAAUAGUGACACCGUGCCAUGGUUUCCAAGAAGAAUCAGAGAUCUCGAUAAAUUCGCCAAUCAGAUACUUUCUUACGGUGCAGAACUCGACAGCGAUCAUCCUGGAUUUACCGAUCCUGUUUAUCGAAAAAGGAGAAAAUAUUUCGCAGAUUUAGCUUAUAAUUACAAACACGGCCAACCUAUCCCAAAGGUGGAUUACACGCCAGAGGAAGUCGCUACAUGGGGAAUAGUUUUUCGAAAUUUGACCAAACUUUAUCCAAAAUACGCUUGCAAAGAACAUAAUCAUGUGUUUCCACUUCUAAUAGAAAAUUGUGGAUACAGGGAAGACAAUAUACCACAGCUCGAAGAUAUAUCGAAUUUUUUGAAAGAUUGUACCGGUUUUACUCUUCGUCCAGUAGCAGGAUUACUUUCCUCUCGUGAUUUUUUAGCAGGCUUAGCCUUCAGAGUAUUUCAUAGCACGCAAUACAUCAGACACAGUAGUAAACCAUUAUACACACCGGAACCUGAUGUCUGUCACGAAAUACUUGGUCAUGCACCCCUUUUUGCCGAUCCUGCAUUCGCAGAAUUUUCACAAGUCGUUGGUUUGGCAUCACUCGGUGCACCUGACGAAUAUAUCGAGAGACUUGCUACGUGUUUUUGGUUUACGGUGGAAUACGGUAUAUGCCGACAAAAUGGCGAAUUGAAAGCUUACGGUGCUGGCUUAUUAUCGUCCUUUGGCGAAUUGGAGUAUUGUUUAAGUGGAAAGCCAGAGUUACGACCUUUUGAACCGGCUAAGACAUCGUUACAAAAAUAUCCGAUAACGGAAUAUCAACCAGUAUAUUUCGUUGCAGAAGACUUUGAUGAUGCUAAAGAAAAGAUGAUUAAAUUUGCACAAACCAUACCAAGGAAUUUUGGAGUCCGAUACGAUCCUUACACCCAGAGUAUCAGCAUAAUCGACAGCAAACAUCAAAUAGAGGAUCUGAUUUAUAAUGUCAAUCAAGAAGUUCAGAUUCUAAUGGACGCUUUGAAGAAAUUAAAGGAAUAAUAAUUUCGCGAUACUUCGUCCUUUGUAGUUUCUAUCAAACAUAAUAUCGUUAUUGGUGGUGGAGUAUGGGAGGGGUUUGGUAUUACUUAUUAUAUGUUCAUCACAAAAAAAAAAAAACAUAUAUUUCGUAAUUUACAUCUGUCAUACAUACAUAUUUGUGUUACGUAAUAUCAUCGAAAGUAUUUGAUUACUCCGAUCAAUACGUUAAACAAUCAUUCCUUUCAUUCGCGAUGACAUCGAACAAUCAUUCAGAACGAUUGUAAAAUAUUAUAUUUUACAUCGAUAAUAAACUAUUGUACAUGGCAUAAA